UUUUUACAGCGCUGCGGGUGAUCGCAGGCGAUCGUCAGGCGAUCGCCGGCGCGACUGAGCAAGAGGUGGGUCGUGCAGGCGCUAGUACGGUGCCAAAGCUUCACGUCCUCGGAAUGCAUCCGGCGAAACGACUUGCGGGAGGAGCACCCGGUCGGCGGUUCAAGACGAGGUAGAGCAUUGAAAAAAAACUACCAAAAGAAUUGCUCCAGUGAACUUUUCCUUAAAAACCAACAUUUGCCGAACGUCAUUUUGAUUUCCUUAUAUAGUGCCCAGGCCUGCUACACACAAAUGGUCAUUUUCUAAACAGUACAGCCCUUUUUCGAAUGAAUAAACUCACUUCUUCAUCUGCAUCAUCAGUAAAAACCGCAUAGUGUGUUACUCAUCACUCGACAAAAAAAAUCCAAAAUAUACGAAGCUGGGGUCCUCCGCGCCCUAUUAGCAGCGAGAGCGACGAUGAAGAAAUAAGGGAACAAGACCUGCAGAUUGAAGAACUUUCGUUGCGACUCCGCGGACCCGAACCGUGGCGGUGCGGGGUGAUUCAACAAGACGGCGCAAAUUCGUCUGGUCGUGAUGUGCUAAAAAAUGCCGGAUCGACGACCAACUUCUCUGUCCGUUUCUCGCGGCACACGGUCACUCUAUCUUGCACGACCCCACCUACCAGCCAGGAAUUAUUCGAGCGACGUUUUCUCCACGACAACUCUCCUCGUCUAGAGCGCGAUAAGAAACGUCACAACAUUUUCUGCGGAAAUAACACGUACACAAACACAAUGCCGCCGUCCGCAUCACACAAAAGCCCCAGGACCACGAGCUGCAGGUCCUCACUACAAGAAGCUUCGAAAAUGUUGUUCUUGACUACCUACCCCGAGCCGUAUGGCGCCGUUUGGUACUUCAACGCGGGUGGCAUCGGACCGACGUAUUGGCGAAGGGCACACGAGCUUCCGACCACCAUCUUGGUAUGAUCCGGUGCAAAACUAUCGCGUUCUCUCGUCGUUAUCGUACUUCUGAUAUAUAUUUUUUCAUGACCAAUCUUCACCUGCUGCCUCUUACUUUUCCGUGCAAUUGACUGUACUAGUUUUACGAAAUAGCGACCACGAUGAUUCUGCAUUGCAUAGCUGGAAGAUGCUGGCACCCGUAGCUGCCAGUCUAUCGCGUGGAACACCAGCUGGCUCAUUACCUGCGAAUCGGGACGGGAUUUUUCUCGCUGCGCAGAAGUGCUCACCGUGACGUGUGACGGGAAUGUAGUACUGCGAUUCAUCGACAAAAAAUGUUUUCUGCGCGGAGUAGAACAAGCGGAAGAGGCGGAGGACGAUGGCAGGGCCAUAGCUCUUGUGUUGAGCGCACUAGCGAAGCACGAGCACGAGUUCCCCACCUACGCAAAGCUUCUCGCGGUGAAUGGGGAAAAAGACAUUUGCGUCCGGACGCCGGUCGAGGCCCGGAGGGUCGGCGACAUGCUAGCGCGGGCUGCGCAGUCGCCGAACAACGUCGUGUUGGAGGUGACGCGGCUCCUCCCGGACCGAAAAAAGGCGGCCGAAAGGGACGGUCUUUGCGAUCGGUAGCGCCGGUGAUGUAUUAGCAAUGAACUAGAGCGAGUAAAUGAAAAUGAGCAGGAACUAUGUUUGUUGAUAGUAGACGAAACCCUGCAGCUUGAGUGCACCCCGUAAGCGGAACCCGGAGCUAUACCGGUCACAAGUUUUCCGCCCUCAUGCUUCUUCUCCUAAAAUUUUGACGUAUAAAAGUGGAUCGAAUUCUACUGCUGGUUCUACUUACACGUCUACCAGGUAUGCCAGCUGCAUUGAGCCGUCAACGGGGAUGCUCCAAAUGCACCGGGAUUUUUGCGACGAGGGUUCCGACUACACGAAGUCAGCUAAUAUCGCCUUGAGUUCUAACAACGAGCAACACACGGAGUGCCAUCUCUGGCCGCAAAGAAAGGCGGUGUCAAUCCACACGUCCCCAACCGUGUCCGGGAGGAUAAAUGACCGGCACAGCUUGCCGCGACUGCGACACCAGACCGCUCCGCUGCCGGACGACUCGCAAAACCACGACAACAAGUUGAUUCUUUUCAAUUUUUGUGAUGCGAUCCUCGGUGUAUGCGACGAGGAGGCCCGCAGUGUGGCCAAAGCGAUUCUCGGAAACUACCUAGCCAGUUCCAACUCGAUCGUGCAUUUCUGCGAGCGACUCGUCUCGCAUCGCUUAGGCCUUUUCCAGCACGGAGGUAUUGGUCUGCGGUAUCCGCAGCUGCAGGAGGAGUUCGGGCCUGGCAUCCGCCGUUUCCACGAGUUUCUUGAUCGACAUACUGCAGUGGAGAGACAAAAACUACGAAAGGAUGCAGGCGGUGCUGCUACUACCGACUGCAAGCAUCAGAUGAACCCGGUGCUGCCGAAGGAGGCCGCAGGAGCGGCAUUGGAAGAACUUCCAAAACUGGCAGUGCCUACAGAGUGUGAGCAUCCGCUGCCCACGGAAGCAGCCACAGCCACAUCCCACGAACCGGGUCGUCCGGGAUGCUUCGACACACCGCGCAAAAGCAGCAGCAGAAAGGAGAGCGGCUCCACUACACCUUCAUCUAGCGAAGAGUCUGACUUCUCGUUCCCAGGAGGGCGAGUCAUGGCAAAAGUCGAGUCCGAACAAGGCGGCAGCGACGCAGCCGUGGCCCACGGAGGUCUCGUUGCGCCACGAGCAAGGGGGCUGACUGGAAAUCUUCGUGCAGGAGGGGGAGGUGGUGCCAGUACGACUGCUACCGGUACUUUUCAAAACCACCCCGUGGUCGGCACUACUACGCUGCUCACGGAGGAUGCAGCGACAACAGUGGUCGGUGCUAACGGAAAUUCUUCGAAGGUCGUCCCGCUCAGGACACAGCAGCCUCCUGCCUGUACUUCUCCAAGACCACCACCAAUUGGCUUUACCGACGAUCAAUUCUUCAAGAAAGUGACGCAGCACGGCGGGGCCAACGACGUUUUUGAAGAUGAUGGCGCACGACGGAACGCUGAGAUAGAUGGUUCGAAAGAAGCGCAGGAGAACAUGCGUAUGCAAAGCAGCUGCUGGAACCAGGCCGCCCUAGUCAAAUAUAGACAGGCAAUGAAAUAUCCGCGGGCAGAAGCAGCUGGAGUAGAGGAAGUCCCAGCUGGUAGCUGCCGGCAAGAAGAAACCUGCAGGAACUCAAAAAUGGAAAACUCGGAUGCUCGUUCGGCCAAAGUAGAGCGCGCGGCUACGAUGCGCGGGACCAAUUCGGCGAGCCCCCCAUCGGAUCUGCUUCUGACUGUCGGAUACAGUGUGCCAAACGCCGUGAAGCGGGUCGUCCUCGGGUGCCAAAUCUUCCUGUUCCUGCAGCGCUGUGCGGACUGCUUCCCAGACCACCUCCAUCCCGAACAGGUGCUACCCGACUUCGUGGCGCACAUAAAGCCCUGGGUUUCGAUAUCGUAUGGCAAACUAAGUCUUUGAGCUGUAAGAAGUAUUUGAAGGUUCUACCGCCACACGAAGAGCAAGCUUUUUUUCUCCGUGGACAAUAGAGGACCGCCCGAGCCGACAGGCUUCUCGAAGAGUGUUUGCAUCGGUAGAUAAACGUUUAUGUUUUUUUUGUAUUGAAGCACUUUGACCCGUUCGCGAUAUAGAUGUAGCACUUCAUCUUGUUUGAAUGCGCGACAAAAGGAUUUGUUUUUUCCCAAGUCGAUAUCUCGAGUUGUUACCGUUCUGGGAGGCCAACGGGUAUGAGGACGUGUACCUGCUGAUGGCCUUUGCAGACCCGCACUGGAAGGGCAUCGCCGUCCGGGCAGGUCUGCCCCUUCGCUUCCCCUACCACCUCGAUGCAUUCGGGAAAAACACGACAGCGCUGCCGUCGCACGAGAGAGACGCCGCGAGCGGUGGUAAAGAUGAAAUCCAAAUCCGUCAACACUAUAAUCGCUCCUCAAAAUCAGACCCAGAUGGCAUGGCUACCUCAGGAGGAGACGCUGGCGCGAGUACCUAUCGCAGUCCUGAGACAGGAGCGGGGAACAUGGCAACGUGCAGGAGGCGAUCCUCAGAAGUAGUGGUGCAGCCUGAUAUAAAUCUAGAAACAAAAUCUGGUGGCGGGAACACACUACGACACCCCCGGUACACGACACGCGACGAGGCCGUGACGCUGCAAGUGUACCAAGAAAGGGCGGAGUGGCGGAAAAUCCUCCAGUACUGCCAGGACCAGGGCUAUGAAGGACGACUAGGUCCUCGCUCAGCGAGAGAGCUUCAGGCCUUUAUGGAAAAACUUCCGGGAACAAGCGUGUCGCUACAUCGUCCGCCCCGGGUGACGGCAAGAGAAUACCGGUUCCUUUUCGAGAAAUUUCGACAACGGAUGAAAGGUGUCGACCAGAACGUGGUCAUAUCCCCGGGGACGCGGCCUCCGCGUGGAACAAACAUCCUCAAUCACGAGGACGUUCAUAUGCCAAACGAAAAAAUCACCGAUGAAGAUCAUGCCCGAGUUGCCAGAGAGCGCGUCCAAGAAUGGCUGGCCGAGGUUGCGAAGAUGGGCCUGAAGAAAAAAGUGCUAACCACGGAGCUCCUCGAGCGAGAGGUGCGGCUCGCGGAACAAAGAGGCGACGUUGAAGCAGCACGUAAGUUCUCCACGUCAGGCACAAAGGCACCUAUGGCUCAUGCAACUAUGACGCAGGGAGUUGUCACGCUGGCAUCUCCGACUUCCAUGGUGGAUGAAACAAAGUCAUCAAAACUACCGCCUCCUACGGACCCUCUACCUCCGGAGCAGGGCAACUUGACCUCAUGGACUAGCCGCGGGAACGCAGACGAAACGCAGAUAAACACACCAGGCGCGGCCCAAAGAGCGGCGUCUGCGCGACCCAGGUGGACAAACAAGAACUACAUAUGGUCAGUGUACGAGGCUUUGCAGCCCAAGUUCGCCCAACUGAUUUGCCUCCGACGACUACGGCAAGAACCCGCAAAAGGCCGUCACUACAUUAUCGCUCUGCGAUUUAUUUCUAUGUGUAUGUGCUGCUGUGGAAUAAAGUCUGCUAUAUUUCUACGUUUUGCCACAGCCUGACUUGCAGCAUAAAUCGUGAUCCUGAACAAGGAUGUAGAAAAUAGAAAAUGAAACUCUUCCGGCAAAUUUUGUUCGUAAAUGAAUGCUGACAGGAGCAAACGCGAUUGCUUCGUAGCGAUGGCCUUUUUGCUUUUUACUCUGGCGCAAGGUGUCCCUGCAGGUUGCCCUGGAGAUAUAUGAUGGCGAUCGGACAAUCUGCUCCUACUCCGAGCUACUAAAGCUGCCAGAAAUCGUUGGCGGGUGCUCAACGUUCGUGGCGGAUCUAAAAGACUACUACACCCGUCAUCUUCAGAAUCCGUCUGAACAAGUGUCGUCGACUUCGGGUACUACUGACAAGGACAGCCCGCAUCUCAGAAUGAAAUCGAAGGUGUCCACGACCGAAAAUCAAAGCAAGAGUCCAGCGGCAAGCAAUUCUGGCCUAGAGGAAGCCACCGUACUGUGGAACGCGUUUUCCUCUCGAGAUGAGGGCAAGCUCGAGCAACUGCGAGGUCGAAUGGAAGGCCCGUUUCGAGAAAAACUGCUCGAGUAUUAUCCCUGGGAGUCAAGAAGCGUCGAACCGCGGUCCGCGCAUGCAGGCGUUGGUUCAUCCGCUCUGAAACAAGUCGAGCCUGCUUCAUCUUCCACUCUGGUCACACCCUCGCGAGAACCGCUGCUACGAGAAGGUACUAGGGACUCACAACCUACCGCGGAAGAAGAACCGCUUCUGCCGUCGUCGCCUCUUUCACUAUCGCGCAACGCGGAGCUUGUGCAUCCGGAUUCCUUCGUCGUACGGUCGCCGGCCUGCGUCAGCGGCAUCUACGUGCGCAGCUGGCCACACAGGAAAACCGUGUACGUUUCCCGCCGACACUGCAUCGUGGGCGAGCUGGUGAGGGAUAAUUUCGGUACAACUACGCAGUCGAGCUGCCCCCGCACUCCUUCGACAGCUCGUUUAUUCAAAUGGUCAGUACUGGCUCUAGAUGAGACGUCGUCGAGAGCUGCAUCAGACCCCUUCCUGACCACACCGCAAGAGGUGGAUCAGGUGCUCUUUCCCACGACCAGCGGAGGUGCGGCUACAAGACGCCCCGGAGGUACAGGAGGUGAAAUGUCUACAACGUCAGGCGAAAGCCACGGUGGAGCGGGUGUUGAAGCAGGACCACGACGAGAUGAGCCCUGCAAGAACUACGUCCACGUCCUUUACACGAAAAGUAUCCCGAGCGCCGCGCCAUUCACCGCGGAACUACCGGACAUGAUAGGGAAUGACUGCAGAGGACAACAUCAGAACUCGUGGCAGCGCCAUUGCAUCUAUUCCAAGCGCAGCGGCGGGAGAGCGAGAUCGGGAUCGCCUUCGGCCAGCACCCGCUUUUUGGACGAACAAUUUACCUUUGAGUGCGUCAACCAGGUGUCCCUACGGGCGAUCGCAAGAACUUCUACCGGGCUGCGUCAAUCCGAUCGACAGGACGAUGAACACAGUCCGUGCGCGUUCUCGCUCCCGCAUGUCGCUGUCCAAUUCAACAUCGCGGUCAAGAACGUGCGUGCUGCUGUAGCGGAGCUGCGCGACUUUCUUGGGGAAUCAGAACUACGGGAAAAUGAGCCCACUGCAGACCACAUGAAGAUGCCGGUGACGUCGCUUGGGCCGGUGCUGGAAAGAGCGCAUGCUGACCUUGGCCGCACCACCGGCCAGGCAGGACAAACUUGGCGAGGUGAAGAUUUUCCCUGCACACGCGUGGAGCAGCGCCGGGAGCUCGUCGCGCUUCUCGAGCGAGUCUUCCGGUCCGACCGAAAUCCAUGGAGAAAAGGGGCGUAUGAAAGUCUCACUCGCCGCGGCAAUUUUCUGCAAGAUCGAGAGGCAGAAAAAUGAUGAAUCUGGGCCGCGCCACCUACUUACUCGAGCUCUGCGUGAUGCGCAAGUUCUUCCACGUUUUGGUUCCACCAAUACUGUUAGCCGAGUGGCCGCACAGGUAUUUCUGUUUUUCGCACGCGUUUUCAAACAUCCUCAGGUUGUUGUGUCUGUGCGUUUAUAGUGUUUCUCUGGUCAAAUGGUUGGCCGUCGACAAUAGCGCUACAGUGGAAAGGUGUGUGUUGAUCAUGAUCUACCAGGUACUGCAUUUGAAUGAUACCUAUUUCUUUCUAGAAAAAAAAUCCCUUCGCCUUCCGCAUUGAUGAUGGGCUACAGCUUACUAGAACGACAGCAAUGGCGCUAGUACUAGGCGCAUGCUUUCUCCUGAAAUUCUGCUGUGUAGCUCUGAAAAGAGCGGUAAGGGAUGGAUCAUACCAAUUGAAAACAACGCAAUCAUCUGAGUUAAUUGUAACAGUGGUGAAAGUUAUUUUUUUCCAUAAGGCGAAAUGCUGCUCAUGUGAUGAGGAACUUGCAAGUGUGGUAUUUAUUCCGCUCUGCGCAGUCAGAUAGGAUGAAAAGCCAAAAAACCGUAGCAAGCUCUGAGCAGCGAGCUGCAGCCGCUCUGGUGGUCAGAAACCUUCCGUUACGAUCUCCUGCACUGAAGAGCAACUUACUAUAGUAGUGAAGGGAGCAGAACAGCCGAAAAGUUAUAGUCUAUCAAUAGAAGCUCAAGCUUGAAGAAGAUCAUGUGGUCCCAGAAAAAACAAAGAUAUGAGGGCAGAUCAUGUUGCAUAUCUCUACUACAGAGAACUAUGCCGUGCUCCUGCAAGGGUGUGAAGAUGACGAAAAAGCAGAUGUCUUUCCCUGACUAGCGCUCGGUUUUAUUUAGCCCUCGGUCAGGUGGAGACUUACAAAGAAAUAUUGACUUCUGAGCACCACUUUGCAGGCAGUGUCAUCGGCAGGACUCUGUCACCACUUUUACAGGAAAAACCUAUGUUGCACGUAACUCUAGAGGACUAUGACGUGCUCCUGCAAUCGCAAUGGUGUGAAGAUCACAAAACCUUGUCUCCUCGUCCUUUCGAUCUCUCCACAUCUGACUAGCGCUCGGUUUUAUUAGCAGUCGGUCAGGUGGAGAAAUACAGACUGAGUGCAGCUGAGCACCACUUUGCAGGCAGUGUCAUCGGCAGGACUUAUGAACCAGGAAGUUGUAAGUAUCUCCUAAGGUUAUUAUCGAAGAACGCUGCAGCGCAACAAGUGAUGUUGUAUUAGAGGCUUCUCGACGGCCAGGAAAUAAUUGCACGGCCAAACCCCAACGCAAAGAAAAAAUACCCUACACGCAACUUGAGGCGCAGCACUUCUGCGCUGCAAUUUUAGAUCAAUGAUGGCUCCUGUGAUGAGGAACACGACUCUUUAUUUUUCAAGCUUCGUCCGACUCGCGUGCGGUCCUUAGUGCGUAGUCAGAUUGAAAAAACCAGACUGAAGAUGUCGCACCAACCUCUGAGCAGUACAAGCUGAGAUCAUGCAGCCGGCUGUGAUUCGAAAUUCAUUAGAGCGAAAGUAGGUGUCGCAAUGCAGCUCAAGCUCCGACGUUGCAGACAGAAUUCAUGACAGAGCGCAGACAAGAUCUUCUUGCAAUCUCGCAUACUUAUAUUUAGAAAAGUAUUAUGCUGCGAAGGUCGUGUGCAGAUGGGGUUGUGUUUAAAAAAUGUUCGAAUCUCCACUAUCUGACUAGCGCUCGGUCACUAGCAGUCGGUCAGGUGGAGACUCGUUCUUACAAAAGAGCGCUAUUGUUGCCACCUGAGCACUAACGUACAGGCAGUUGUCGGAAGGAGUUUGUCACCACUUUUCAACCCGGACGACAAAUCUUCUAAAAUGUCGAAAAAUGCGUCACAGGCAAGGAAUGAUAUGAAAAAAAUGGUCGGCUAUUCCAAAAACACACAUACUGGAUCAGGUUACACCCCGCCCAGCAGCGUCAUCAGCCUGCGAUUGGAGAUUCUCGUGGCCGCUCGCAACUUCCUCCCUGCUCCGUCAUCAAGCGGCUUCACUACAGAAGAUGACGCCGUCCGCAUUUUUAAACACGCAAUGGCCAUGCAGUCCCGCCAUAUACGCAGUAUCGUUGUAAGUAGAGUACGUAAGUUGUAGUAGCAUGAAUAAGUGCCAACAUUCGUCCCGUUGUAUAGUAAGUAACGGGUUUUUUCCGACCUGAACGAGCAUCGGUUUGAGAGGCAGCAGAACUCUUGUACUGGUAUGCACCUAGAUUCUCUAUUGUCGUAGCGAAUUCCUGUGCAAACUUUGCCCUAGGCUUUUUGGUCCUGUAGGUAAUAAGUCGCGGGCACGACGCGUCAUACUAUAGUUUGAUGAGGAAGACUGUCAGUUGUAUUAUCGACCGAGCAGUAUGAACUACAUAUCUCUGUGAGCAAUGAGAGUACUUACUACAGACUGCUUCGUGAUCGGUCUCUGUUGUCCCUAUGAGGCUCGUUUGUGGCCGUGCCGCAGAAGAUCAAUUGUGGAGGAUGUUGCAAAAUUCGUGAUAGCGAUCAAUCUGCAUAUCGUUAACUGCCAACACAUCCGAUAGCUGUGUGGGCGCUCUGAUGAUCGCGAUCAUCUUCACACUUGGCACACACUGUUGAACAAAUCUCGGUCAUUGAGAUCUAUGUCCGAGAAUCGAAUCUUGAAGCCGAACCAGGUGGCCCCGCAAAUCAAAAGUAUUCCGUACUAUUUAUCAGCAGCACACUUUUUCAUCCGUAGAAGUCUUGAAAUCUCCAGGCAGGGACGAUCAGAUGCUUCUUGUAUUGCAAACUGAAUCUAAAGAUGUCGUUGUAUGUGUGGUCCAC